GGUUGGGCCGCGGCGGCGGGGCCGUCUCAGGCCGCCGUCCCGCCCCUCCCGUCCGGCCGCCGCCGCCGCCGCCUGGGGCUUGGUUGAGGCGGACGGUGGGUCCGGGCCCGAGUGUGGCGCCGCCGCCGCUGCGCGAAGGGGGCAACCGGGCAGGUAUCUACGUGCUGGGAGUGACGGCAGCCCCGAAAACCCUGCACGAAGACCGGGGGAAGUCAGAAAAUGGGUAAGAAGAGUCGAGUGAAGACGCAGAAAUCAGGCACUGGCGCUACAGCAAGUGUGUCGCCGAAGGAAACCUUGAACCUGACUAGUGAGCUCUUGCAGAAAUGCAGUAGUCCCGCACCUGGCCCAGGAAAGGAAUGGGAAGAGUAUGUGCAGAUCCGGUCUCUAGUCGAGAAAAUACGAAAAAAACAAAAAGGUCUGUCUGUUACUUUUGAUGGAAAAAGAGAAGAUUACUUUCCUGACCUAAUGAAGUGGGCCUCUGAAAAUGGAGCCUCCGUUGAGGGUUUUGAAAUGGUCAACUUCAAAGAAGAGGGCUUUGGUUUGAGAGCGACGAGAGAUAUCAAGGCAGAAGAAUUAUUUUUAUGGGUUCCACGAAAAUUACUAAUGACUGUUGAAUCUGCUAAAAAUUCAGUGUUGGGGCCCUUAUAUUCUCAAGACCGGAUUCUUCAAGCUAUGGGAAAUAUCACACUGGCCUUUCACCUGCUGUGUGAGCGAGCCGAUCCUAACUCUUUCUGGCAGCCCUACAUUCAGACCCUCCCCAGCGAGUAUGACACUCCUCUCUACUUUGAGGAAGAUGAAGUCCGAGACCUCCAGUCCACACAAGCUAUCCAUGACGUCUUCAGCCAAUUUAAGAACACGGCUCGGCAGUACGCCUACUUCUAUAAGGUCAUUCAGACCCAUCCUCAUGCCAACAAACUGCCCUUGAAAGAUGCUUUCACUUAUGAGGACUACAGGUGGGCGGUCUCUUCUGUUAUGACUCGACAAAACCAAAUUCCCACGGAGGACGGUUCCCGGGUGACCCUGGCGCUGAUUCCGUUAUGGGACAUGUGCAAUCACACCAACGGCCUGAUCACCACCGGCUACAACCUGGAAGAUGACCGCUGUGAGUGUGUCGCCCUGCGGGACUUCCGGGCGGGAGAGCAGAUUUACAUUUUUUAUGGCACUCGGUCAAAUGCAGAGUUUGUGAUCCACAGUGGUUUUUUCUUUGACAAUAAUUCACACGACAGAGUGAAAAUAAAGCUGGGAGUGAGUAAGAGUGACCGGCUGUAUGCCAUGAAGGCCGAGGUCCUGGCCCGCGCCGGCAUCCCCACGUCCAGUGUGUUUGCGCUGCACCGCACCGAGCCGCCGGUCUCCGCCCAGCUGCUGGCUUUUCUCCGCGUAUUCUGCAUGACCGAAGAAGAAUUGAAGGAACAUUUGCUGGGAGAUAAUGCUCUUGACAGAAUCUUCACUUUGGGUAAUUCUGAAUAUCCUGUUAGCUGGGACAAUGAGGUCAGACUUUGGACAUUUCUUGAAGAUCGAGCCUCGCUUCUUUUAAAAACAUACAAAACAACUAUUGAGGAAGACAAAUCCUUCCUGAAAGACCACGACCUUUCUGUUCGUGCAACAAUGGCCAUCAAGCUGCGCUUAGGAGAAAAGGAGAUUUUGGAAAAAGCGGUGAAGAGCGCAGCUGCAAACCGGGAGCACUACCGCAAGCAGAUGCAGGCGGGGGCCGCACUGCCCCGGUGUGAGGAGAGCGGCGCGGCGGGCGCCAGGCUGCCCCUGGCCUUGCGGAACCUGGAGGAGGAGGCCGGCGUGCAGGAGGCCCUCACCCUCACGGAGGCCGUCAGCAGGGCGAAGGCCGUGGAGAACGGGCUCGUGAAUGGCGAAAACUCUAUCCCCAACGGGACCAGGUCAGAAAAGGAAAGUUUAAGUCAGGAGGAAAGUAAAAGAGCGACGGAAGGCACCAAAGAAUGUUCUUCGGACAGCAUGGCGGGCGGGAGCGCGCUGUAGCCCGGAGGGCGCGCCAUCGGCGGGGAGUGCGGUUGAGCAGAAGUUCACGAACCGUCCUUAUACUUGCUGUGUUUUCUUGUUCACUUUCUUCUUUCUGCAGAGAGGAAAAGAGGUUUUUGCUGCUUUAUAUAAAAAUGAUUUUUUUUUUAAGUUAUUUAAAAGAAAUCUAGCUUCCCUCUUUAAGAUUGCCAUCUUGCUUCUGGGCAAAACAGGUUAUCAAGCCACCACAGGUGCUUUGGAAGAUUCUGUAGACCCAUUGUGGGCAAAUGUGUUUUCUUCCUGGGGAAGAAUGUUCUGCUGUCAGCUGUGCUUUUGUGGGCCUGUCAUCCUGACAACCGAGAGAGCCGCUCUGCCUCCUGCCGGCAGGACUGGGUGGCCGCGCUCCGGGGGCUCGGCGGGGGCGGGGCGGCGGGGUGGUUGCACAGCACAGAACGGCCUUGGGGUUUGGCAACUUGAGGGUUGGGGCAAAACCUUCCCCCCCCCUAAAAAAAUAACACCCUGGUACUGAAAGAAAAGUGAAGGUGGCAACCUUAUUUUUAAUAGUUUUAAAUGUUGAUGAUAAUCCUAAUUAUAUAAAGACACACACACACACACACACACAUCUAGUGAUUUCUAAAGAUUCAUCUACCUUUUGUGUUUUGUUUUACUGUGUUAAGAACUCGUCCUUCCUCCUUGAAUCACAGUAGGACAUGCAUCAUUCUAAUUUUCAGUGUUGACUCUGAUUUUAAGGUGUUGUGUUUGAUUUCCCACGUCGUCCUGGAGCGGCUGCGGACGGCGGCCGCCCCCAGCUCGCCGUGGCGGUGUUCGAAGUGAGGCGGCUCCCUGGCUUUUCUGGUUUUCACAACAAGCUAGAGAUUUUCAAAGCUACACUUUUGAGUAAAAAGCCUUAUUAAAAGGAAAACAUGAUUAAUA